AUGCAGGUUGCCACGUACUUCUGUAUCUGCGUAGACCUCGCUCUUGCCCUGUUUGAGGAACCUGCAUUGUUUCCACUGCCUUUCUUGGCCACCUCCUUAGCGGAAGGGCUCUGUCUCACAGUGUUCUUUGGGAGGCUGGUGCAUUUUGCAAAAGUCACUCUUCAAAUGGUUUUCUGGAAGGAUACAAAAAACAUCUGCAUCAUGGUCACCAUCAUGCUGACUGUGAUUGAUCUGUUAAUCUGUGGGUCCCUGGAAGCCGUUCAUAUCCACAGUGUUGGAUAGUCCAGGGCCCUAAGGCCAGUCUUCCUCAUUAACUUCCCCGAAGGUCGUCAGAUCCGAAGAGCGCUCCUAAGCAUCCAGAACACUCUGCCUGACGUUGUCUGCGUCUUCAUCCUGUUUCUGUUUAGUGUGUUCAUAUUCUCCCUCAUGACCAUGAAGCUUUUCGGGGACAGGGGGCUGAAAACAGCGGAAGGCUCACCCUAAUUCAUAAACAUAUUGGAGAUAGCAUUUGAGAUCUAUGUGCUGGUCACUACAGCCAACAGCCCAGACGUCACGAUGCCUGCCUAUAAUUUCAAUUGGUGGUACUCUCUGUACUUUAUAGCCUACAUCAUCAUCAAUACCUACAUCUUUAUGUCCAUCUUUCUGGCUGUGGUUUACAACAAUUACAGGAAGCACUUAAAGAAUGAAAUUUGCAAACUAGCUUACCUGAAGCUCCACAUAAUAGAGGCAUUCAGUAUUCUAAAAGUCCAGGUGGGUGCAGAGUUUGUGGUGACGGAGGCCACGUGGAAGCAGCUGGCAAAGGUGGUGGUGCCAGACAUCAGCAGCUCCCAUCUGGAGCUGCUUCUGAGGAUCUCCGACAAGGGACAGAGGGGCAUAGUUGACAAAAUGAAUUUUCUCCGAUUGGCUGACCUCCUUAACAUCCAGGCAUUCAUCAUCAACAUCAAGAAGCAUCCAUUGGAAACCUGGAUACCAUGGGUAUACCAGUCUUCUGUCAGCCUCUUGGUCCAGAAGAUGGUUCAGCACAGGAUUUUUGUCUGGGUUUAUGAUAUCGUCAUUCUAAUCAACACCAUAUUCAUUGCCUUGGAUGAGAAAAACCCCUUCAUUUUGCACGUGGAUGUUAUCGAGAUUCUCCCGAAACUGUACACAUAUGAGCCCACAGCUUAUUUUGGAAGGAGACAAUUUUAGAAUUGGUUCGACAUGCUGAUCAUCGUUACAGCCCUUGUGGCCACUGUGACCAAUGCCACUAUUCAGUCAUCAAGAAAAUACAACAUUCAACAAAUUCUGGAUAUUGUCCAGAUACUGAGAAAUCUGCGGCUCCUGAGGGUCAUCGUCAGCAUUCAGGAUUUUAUGUUUAAUCUUUUGGUGGUCUACUAUGCAUUUUCUGUCAUUGGGAUGGAAAUAUUCCAUGGCAAAGUCUGCUUCUUUGACCUGAAUUUCACAGCUCCUGAUGCCCUGGUGUGUGGGAACCCAGUCUUAAAGAGGUCAGAUUUUGCACAAGACAGGUACUGCAAGAACAACUUCAAUGACCUCACCUCCUCCUUUGUUGUACUGAUGGAGCUCACGGUGGUGAACCAGGGGCAUGUUCUGGCAGAUGGCUUUGCCCUGGUGACCCAUCAGGUGGCAAAGCUGUACUUCAUCCUGUUUCUCGUGGUUGUCAUCCUCAUUGUUAAUAUUUUCAUAGCAUUCAUCUUGGAAGCCACCUUUGUGGCAUAUUUAUUAGAAAAAAAGUACAGGACUGUGGACGCCUUGCCACAGCAGAUGUUUGAGUCUGAAAUAGCUCCCGACAGGGAAGGCCCUUCCUGGGAUGAGAUUCUGAACCUCUCACCUAGUGACAUAUAUCCCAAGAAUCCCAGUUUUGAAAACAGU